AUGACGUCGACAUCAACUCCUCCAACGUCCCCAAAACCUGUUGCUCCAUUGGUUGAACCUCCAACAUUACCUAAAUUGAGGCACAUUGCUCCUGCUCCUCGUGAUAAACCUGAAUAUGAUAUUUAUCAUAUUCCAAAAGGUUAUGAAGUAGUUUUGGUUCCAAAAUCUUCUAAUGGUACUACACCUGAUUUCUCUACCGGUCCUUCUCCUACUUCUCCUACUUCUACUGUUAUACCUCUUUCACCUGCUGCUUCUGUGUCUAGUAUUCAUGGUUCCCCUUCAAAAUUUUCUCCUCCUUCCACUACUUCUGUUAAAUCACCUCCAAAUAGUUCGUGGCGCAAACGUAAAAAUAAUGGUCAUAUUCCUCGUCCAAAAAAUUGUUUCAUGGCCUAUCGUGAACAUAUGCAACAUGAAGUUCUUAAAAAAAAUCCUGGAAUGAAUAAUAAACAUGUUUCUGUUAUUGCUGCUGAAAUGUGGAAAAGUGAACCAGAAGAAAUUAAACAAUUCUGGCGUGCUCGUGCUCAACAGUUGAAACUUGAGCAUAUGGCUAAAUAUCCUAAUUACAAAUUCGCUCCUAAAAAGAAACAAUCUAAAUCUUCUAAUAAUAAUGGUCUUAAUGGAAUUAAACAAGUAAAUAAUAGUAAAGUUCUUAAAAGAUCUUCUGCUAUGACUUCUACUAUGAUGACUAAUGGUGAUUUAUUAAAGAAUCGUGAAACACCUCUUUUUUGGGGUCAUUAUCGUUCUUCUUCUUCCGAUUCUAUUUGUUCUUGGACAAGUGAUUCAGCUCCAUCAACUCCACCAUCAUUCAUUGAUGAUUCAGUUCAUUCCCCUCCUAUGUUUAAUUCUCAUCAAGAUAAUAAUAGAUCUCCUUCUCCUUUACGUUUUGAAUCUUGUUUAAAGGUUGAAUCUAAUAAUCUUGAUCAACAAAAUGAAUGGCAAAGAAUUUGUGAUAUGCCUCUUGAAAGUGGUUUCUUUCAAGAACUUCUUCCACCUAUGGAAUUCGAUCAACCUAUGCAUGUUGAUGCUCCUUAUUAUGAUGGCAUUGAAUGUGGAAGUUUCCUUCAACACGACGCUCAACUUUUAAAUUCCUUUGAAUUUAAUCCUAUCAUUCCUGCAAAUCAUCCUAAUCAAGCUUACCACAAUAAUGCCCUUUAUUAA